UAUGUUUGAUAUUAUUGACUUGCAGUGUGAACCUAGCGACUACACCUGUGCUCUGUGUACGCUUUGGACUUGAACCAGAUUACUACACGACACCAAGCCCUGAGGCGAGUGGAGCUGAGCCAUAAAGAAGUAAUCCAACAGCUGAAAACUCCACAUCCGGUCCUCAUCCGACGGCUAAUCUCCACCAAAGCCUUAUCUGUUGCAACAGCGCAGUUAUCUCUAACGUGAUCGCUCGGAGUGCCGAAACUGACGCGGGUAAGGUGCCAGUGCAGCGUCAUCACAGUCGGCAGCUGGGGGCUUGCUUCGAAGAAGGAGAAACCUGUGAACCAACAUGAGGACGUCGGUGCUGUGGGUGCUGCUGCUGUUUGCUGGAGUCUCGCAGUGCGCACGAAUUCUUGGAAUCAAUCCAACGAGGUCCAUUAGUCACCAAACGCCGUUCUUAGCUAUUAUGGCAGCACUUGCUGAAAAGGGUCACCAAGUUACUGUGGUAACAACACAUCCGUUGAAGGCACCACCAAAAGGUUUAACUCAAAUCGACGUAGCACCUUUGAUCCCCAUGGGCGAAACGAAGGAACAAUUUGAGGACAUCGCUGAAGUUACUAAUAAAGAACUUCAGGAAUCAAUAUUACCAUGGAGCGAACACAUAUGUGAUACUACUUUAGUCUAUCCAGAAAUACAACAACUUUUGAGAUCGAAGGACAAAUUUGAUUUGGUCAUCCUCGAGACGUUAUUCUUCUGGUGCUAUUUUGGCUUUAUCCACGAACUGGGUUCACCACCUGUUGUCGGAUUCCUCUCGGUGGGGAUGACCCCCACUCUUAACAGCCUGAUUGGAAAUCCGUACAAUCCGUCCUAUAUGCCAGAUUCACAUUCGGUGCUCACAUCUCACAUGAGCUUCUGGGACAGAAUGCGCAACAGUUACGACGUUCUGAACUUGCUAAGCCACUUCUACAACCAUGUGCUUCCUGCACACAGCAGACUGAUAGAGAAGCACUACGGCAAACACGUACCUGAUCUCGAAGAAAUGAUAAGCAACAUCAGUUUAGUAAUAGCUGCCAAUCAUUUCAGUAUAGACUACCCACAGCCAUUGCUGCCAAAUGUGGUACAGGUCACAGGAAUGCACAUCGUUCAAGAGAGGAAACCGCUGCCAAAGGAAAUACAGGACUUUCUGGAUGGAGCUGAACACGGGUUCAUAUACUUCAGCCUGGGGUCGAAUAUGAAGAGCAGCUUCCUUCCUGAGAACACACUAGCAGCGCUGCUGCAAGCGUUCGCAGAACUGCCGCAGAGGGUGCUCUGGAAGUUCGAGGCUGCAGAACUGCGUGGGAGGCCGGACAACGUGAUGAUAGCUGGCUGGCUGCCGCAGCAGGACGUACUCGCUCACAAAAAUAUACGACUGUUCAUCACUCAGGGAGGUCUGCAGAGCUUCAACGAAGCAGCUUAUUUCGGAGUUCCUCUCAUCGGGAUUCCAUUUUUCUUCGAUCAGAAGUAUGAAGUCGCCAAGAUGGUUAGUGCAGGAAUCGGAAAGAAAUUGUUGCUAAGGUCUCUAACGAAAGAAACUGCUCUGGAUGCUCUCAACGGCGUUCUUCGAAAUUCGAGCUACCGGGAGAAGAUGGAACAGUUCUCGGCGGUUUACCGGGAACACCAAGAGACGUCGCUGCAGAGGGCCGUGUGGUGGGUGGAGUACGUGCUGCGCCACGACGGGGCCCCCCACCUGCGCAGCGCGGCCACGCACCUGCGCUGGUGGCAGCUGCUGCUGCUCGACGCCAUCGCAGUCUUGCUGGCAGCCGCUCUUGUGGUCAUCUUUGUUGUUUACAAACUAGUGCGGUGCCUUCGGAGUGCCCUGCGACGGAACAACAAGCAAAAGCAAAGCUGAGCUGUUUGUUUUAUUUAAAUUGUCGCUGACUGCUCUGUAUGGUCAAAGACGUUCAGGCAGUCAUUAGUGAAUGUUCCAAAGACACUAACAGUGUACGUGUAAGUAAUUUCGCUAAUGAGAGGUAGUGUUAAGCCGUCGGCAUAAGGGUUGAGACAGCUAGAGUUGAAACGCACGCAGACGGUAUGUUCAACGACACAAGACAGCACCGUCAGCGCACUGCCCUAGCUGGUUAGCGUGAUAUCGCGUUCUCAGCGCUCUCCAGUGACAGUUUGAGGCUUUAUUUGGCUUGCAAGCUAUAUAGUCUGUUCACGGAAAUGGACACACAUAGAAUUCCUACGUUAGCUCUAUUAAAACACACAUUUACUAUCUUGACAAUACACUAGUCCAGUUGUUCUCUCUGUGUUGCAUAUAAACAAAUAUUUCAUUGUCGGUGAAUCCGUAAAAGACAAGAAGGAAGGAUACGUGUCCACUCAGUAGGGACAGCAGCUGAUAAAAUUUCACCAAACUGAACAAACCCAACCUGACAGAGAGCACACUUAUGUUUCUGUUAAUUUCAUAAGAAAGUCCUACAACCAUUUGGAAAACACAAAGGUAAAAAGAAAACUGCAUACAGCAGGACGCGAUCCCUCUACUAGUGCACCUUUUGCUCUAUCAAGUGGUGCCUCAAUCAACUACGUUGUACUGAAAGUUUACAGUCGGCACUGUCGUACUUUAUGUUAAUCGCCGAAAUGUCAUUAGUUGACAUUUAAUUACAAUAAAUCAUAACAAGAACGACACGUUUUCCUGAAUCUGCAAUGGGUAGUUGCCUCAAAAAUCUUACUAUCAUAACAAGCGAUCUAUAAAGCAAAAAUAAUUAAAUACGUAAAUGACAUUUCUGGUCGUUUUAUUACAACAAAUCGUACCAAUAACGAGUCGCUCUCGAGACAUUGAAUGUAAUGGUGCAUAAAAAUAGAAUAUAUUCAUUCAAUGUGGCAUGUAACAAAGAAUCAUCCGAAAAUGAGCUUCUACUGAACGCGAUAAAUACAGUAUGGCCCCUUGGUUUCUUCUUGUGACCUGGGGAUCAUUCUUCCAUCCUAUUGGCUCUACUUUACGUGGUACGUUGUCGAUUUACCGCAGAACUUAUUUUGUGUUUCACGUGAUGAAAUGAAUCCUCAAGGUGAUAUAGUACGAAUGACGUCACAAAACUCGUAGCCUGUGAGCUUGAAGUUGGAUAGAAAUUGAACGAUUUUAGAGUUCCUGUAUAAUCUCGAAGGUUGUGCUCACACGGAGCGACUGAAAAGGAACGCAGCACGCAGGUGAUCUGCGUUGUCAACUGGUUGCCGACUAACAGGCAACGCAGUUCCGCUGACAGGGAAGCUUGGAAACGAGAAACUGCAAUUGCAGUGUGCGAGCGUGGCUGUGAGGGAGUACCAUUGGUCGCACCCGAGCAUGUGGUCCACAGAUUCAAGCUCAGAGGAAUAACUGGUUCUCUAUUAUUAUUAUAUACGAAUAAGAAAAUUCUGGAGACAUCUGCAUAUCAAAAGAAAUAUAAACUGCACGAUGUAUGUACAAUAGUAGCCAACGAGCUGCAAGACAGAUAGAGUCGUAAUCGGUAACUUUUUCUUGAACGGCUAAACAGUACUACAAUGAUUUGGCGCAGUUGAUUUCUUCCGCAAUAACGCGUCGUUACUUUCAUUUUGAAAACCCAGAUAUUAUGAUAUAGCGUUCACUGUAUAAACACGUAUCAGAGUGCCUGAGUUAGACAGGCUUUCUUAUUGGAACUCAGCGAUAGUAAUACGCAACCGGCAACAAUGACUUAUUUUCAUUUUUUACGCUGUGGCCUUGAUUGUA